CUGUAAAAGAUACAAAUCUAUAAAGAUGAUUGGUGGGGAAAAAAAUUUGAAUAUGUUAAAAUCCUUAAUUCGGAAAUCUGGGUCUUGAAUGUAUAUAAAGCUAUUUCAUUUCUAUUGCCCUGCUUGGUUCCAGUUCAACUAGUGCUGACAUCCUCUGUUUCUUUUAUCACGGUGAAACCACAAUGGCGACAUCAUUAUUUUAUCUAGUCAUAGCUGUGGGUAUUAUCCCUACGUUAUCCCAAAAUCCAGGCGUCAAGAUGAGAGUGACUCAAAAUGGAAUCGAUUAUGCUGAAAAAGUUGCCAAAUCUGCACUGACCGAAAAACUCAACAACAUUCGUUUGGAAGACGUAUCAGGAAAGGACGGAAAAUUUGAGUAUUGGUUGAAAAAUUUCCGUUUAGAGAAUGUGGCCAUUCCGGACAUCGACAUGUCUUUCAAUCCUGGUCAACGUGGACUGACCAUGAAUCUGAGAAAUCUGGGUGUGGAUGUGCUCUUGGAUUACAGAGUUCGCUAUAAACUUUUAUUCGUUCCUAUUUCUAAUUCUGGCGGUGUCUCUGUCAAUUUUAGAGGAGUUGAACUGACAGCUACUGUUGGAAUCGAUCAGUUCGAAGACACCAGUCCUAGGCUUGUAUCAAGAAGUUGCAGUGCAGCUAUUGGAGACUUCAACAUCAACUUCAGUGGGAGCAUGGCUUGGCUGCUGAAUCUCUUGAAAGGGUUAUUUAGAGGAAAAAUACGAGAUACUAUAAGAAGUAAGAUCUGUGACAAAGUUACUGAAGCAAUCAACACUCAAGGUGCAGACAAGUUACGACAGAUUCCAUUGGAAUCUGAUAUUGCCGACAAGUUUGUCAUUGACUACAGAUUGCUGUCUCCAGUUUUAUUUACGGACAGUUACUUAGAGACUCAGCACAAGGGAGCUGUUUAUUGGAAGGCAGACAGACAAAGCCAGAUUCCUUUCUCACCUGAUGUUAUACCUGCCUGGACAGAAAGCAGCAGUAUGUUGUACCUGUGGAUGACAGACUAUGUACCUAGGACGUUGGGUUACGCUGCACAUACACAUGGCUAUCUUCAAUACGUCAUCUCUCCUGACAAGCUUCCAGCACAGAGUAAAGGUUUCUUGAAUACAACUUGUCCAGAUUCAGCGUGUGCCGGCACCCUCAUUCCUCUGUUGGCUGAGAAAUACCCAAAUUCUUUUGUGACUUUGACAAUAUCUUCAAGCAAGGCUCCAGACUUCAAUAUCACCAGCAGCGGUCUCGGCCUAACUCUGUAUGGGACUUUGGAUUUGUCUACAUCAUCAGCAUCAGCCGUGGUGACAGCAAACGUGGUCAUUUCAAUUGCAGGAGCAGCUUUUGUCCGAAACGAUCGUAUCGUUGGUAACGUGGCUCAGUUUCGAACGAUAAUCGAAUCUUUAAACUCUCAAAUUGGAGAAAUAGACAUCUCAUCCAUCAAUAAAGCAUUAGAUGACGGCAUGAAUAUGGUAGUAAUCCCUCAAUUGAAUGCUGUUGGCGAUACAGGAAUAGCGCUGCCGGUACUUAAAGAUCUUACUUUUCAAAAUCCAAGAAUUGUUUAUCAAGAUAAAUCAGUCCUAAUAAGUACAAACGUACAGUAUCAAGGCAUUGUUUAAAUCUCCUGUGACUAAAUGUUCUGCUCGAACCGUUGGGAUGUUUGGAAAAGUUUUACAUUUUAAAAGAUUUUUAAAUAUUCUAUUGUUCUAGUACCAUGGUCAUUUUUCUCUGUGUCACUGGAAAUAAAAUAUUCCUUACUAUUGA